AUGAAUGAUUUAACUGUGCAUCCAGAUAAUUCACCCCCUAUUAUUAUCGAUCUAAAUGAUAGCAGUGAAGAUAGUAGAAAUACAAAUUCGGUUACUGCUGAUGAAAGUUGUGGAGAAAUUGGUGGUAGUGUGAAUCGACGAAAAGAUGUUAGCCCCUGUUAUGUAUGUGGUGCCAGAGCUCAUGGAUACAAUUUUGAUGCGAUCACUUGCGAAUCUUGCAAGGCAUUUUUCAGACGAAAUGCAUUAAAACCAAUGGAAAGAUUUCGAUGUCGAGGUAGAGAUAGUUGUGUUAUCACAUUAACCACACGUAAAAGAUGUAAAAGAUGUCGUUUAAUUAAAUGUUUCAAAGUUGGAAUGAGAAAAGAAUGGAUAUUGACAGAUGAAGAAAAACGUCAAAAACGAAAAAAAAUUGAACGAAAUCGACAAAUGAAACAAAUAGCAAUACAACAAAUUAAAGAUUUAACACGAGAAUUAACACAAAUGACAAUAUCACGUUUAUUACAUUUUUUUUCAUUUAUUCCAGAAUUUCAAGUAUUAACAUCUCUGGAAAAGAUACAUGUAUUGAAAAGUAAUUUAUUACCCGUUUUCAUGUUACAUGGUAGUCUAACAUACGACGCUGAUAAUGAUACAUUUGUCGAUAAAUCAACGAGGGACCAACCAUAUGAUGCCAAAUAUUUAGCAUAUGUUUAUGGUUCAAAUGUCUAUAAUCAAUUUGUUGCCUUAUCAAAAAUAUUAACAUCAUUUAUUUAUUUUUAUUCAUCAUCUUCAUUAUCUCAUGAACAGCUGACAUCAGCUGAUAGUCAUAGUCAUACACUUUUAUUAUUAUUAAUGAUUAUAUUAUUAUUUUCAAAUGGUUUUGAAUCACAUGAACAACAACAACGCCAUCAUAAAACAUUAACAACAAAUCGAUCAUUAAUAAAUUCAUAUAUAACAGAGAAAUUAGCAAAAAUUCAACAAUAUUACAUAGAUAUAACAUGUAGAUGUUUAAAAGAUAAAUUUGGACUUAAAGAUCCAGAAAAAAUAUUUUCAAAUUUAUUACCUUAUUUAUUCAAUUUACAAAAAUUAUGUUCAACAUUAGCCAAUGUUAAUCUCUGCGAAAAUGCCGAACAAGGCUUUAGUUCAAAUAUGAUAUCUUCUGGUAACGAAGAAAAUCAAGCACCAGAUAAACAACUUUAUUCACCACCAGUAACAUCAUCGUCUACGACUUCUCCUUCAUCGCCAGGUCUUUUAUCUUGUUCUCCCAGUAGUAAUAAUAAUCUUAGUGCAACAACAACUGCAUUGUAUAAUUGUCAAGUGAGACGGAACAAUAAUCGUCUGUCUGAUUCGUUAUAG